UUAAAAAUUGUCUCACAAGACAUAUGUGUUUAGUAUUGCUCUGAAAAUCUUUCGAGAGAUUCAAUACAACGUCUCUGAUCUACCAGUGCUUCAUAUAUUUAGUUGAAUUGUUUCCCGUUUUAUUGUUUAGUAUCACAUGUGAAAAAUACCGGUGAUGGAACCGUUCAAUUUAUAUCCAUCAUUGUUAGCAUCGACACCAUUGUUGCGAUCCCUACAUCACCAUCAGUUUAUAUGCCGCCAAGCAGUGCAAGACAGUCCACUGGAUCUGUCCAUGUCAUUAGCGUCGGCAUCUCCAACCUCUGCAUCAUCGUUGUCAUCGUCGUCAUCACUGUCCAACUCAUCGCAAAAUGAAAAUCAAAAGCCAUCGCCAAUAAACCAUUUAAUACUUGAUUUGUCUGCAAAAUCUAAGUCAUCGUUAUCGCCAUCUAAUUCAAUAUUACACAAUAAGAUUAAUAGCUUAAAAUCUAAACUUCUUGCCGCCAAAAGCAACGGCAACCACGAUAUACCUAUAAAUUUCAACUCAUCCGCAACUACCGAACCAAUCAUUAAAUCUCCCGUAACCACAGUUAUGGUUAAGAAACCACGGGAGAGGACAAUGUUGCCGUGCGAAUACUGCGGUAAAGCUUUUGACAGACCAUCUCUUUUAAGGAGACAUCUAAGGACACACACCGGUGAAAAGCCUCAUGUUUGCGAUGUUUGUGGCAAAGGGUUCAGCACAUCCAGCUCUUUGAAUACACACAGACGGAUACAUUCAGGAGAAAAACCACAUCAAUGUCCAAUUUGUGGCAAACGUUUUACUGCCAGCUCUAACCUUUAUUAUCAUCGUAUGACACAUAAUAAGGUGAAACCACACGCCUGUCAGCUCUGUAGCAAAAGUUUUCCAACUCCGGGUGAUUUGAAAAGUCAUAUGUAUGUUCACAACGGCUCCUGGCCUUUCAAAUGUAAAAUAUGUAAUCGCGGUUUCAGCAAACAGACUAACCUUAGAAAUCAUAUGUACUUACAUUCCGGCGAUCGACCGCAUGAGUGCGAGAUUUGCCAAAAGAGGUUUGCAUUGGCCUGUAAUCUGAGGGCUCACCUCAAGACACACGAAGAGCCCCAAAACGAGAAGUGUUUGCGCUGUUCGCGGGAAUUCCCGACGGCCACCGGUCUCGUGACCUUUGGAUGCUGUCAUGAGUGCUAUCAUAAUAGUCACGGAAUACCACUUUUGAGAAGAAAAAGUUAA